CCGGUACCGCUUCUUGUCUAGUAAAACCGCACUUACCGCACUAUCCCCGGGUGAGAAGGCUGUACAGCAUGCAGAACCAGCAGUUAUCUCCGGCCCCCAGAGACAGGCUCAUCUGCCAGAUGCCUAAGUAUUACACAGCAGAAUCUUGCCUCCAGUAUAAAACACAUUUUGAUGCCCAAGUGAAGAGUGUCUGCCAGCAACGCCAUGCCGGGAACUUUGGGUUAAAGAUGUCGAAAGUUGUAAUGGUGGGAGAUCUUUACGUGGGGAAAACCAGCUUGAUCAAUAGGUUUUGCAAGAAUGUGUUUGAUCGUGAUUAUAAAGCAACCAUCGGCGUUGAUUUCGAGAUUGAACGGUUUGAAAUCUUGGGCAUGCCUUUUAAUCUACAGAUAUGGGACACUGCAGGUCAAGAAAAAUUCAAAUGCAUUGCAUCUGCCUAUUAUCGUGGAGCACAGGUGAUUAUUACUGCUUUUGAUCUUGGUGACAUCCAGACGAUGGAGCACACAAAGCACUGGCUUCAAGAUGCUCUUAAGGAGAAUGAACCUGAUACUUGCUCUGUCUUCCUUGUAGGCACCAAAAAAGACACAUUGUCAGCAGCAGAGUGUGAGCGGACAGAACGAGAUGCUUUGAAAUUUGCUGUCGAGAUGAAGGCUGAAUACUGGUCUGUCUCAGCAAAAACAGGUGAAAAUGUCAAGGACUUCUUUUUCCGAGUGGCAGCACUUGCCUUUGAACAGUCCAUGAAAAAAGAGCUGGAGAAGAGCAAGCUUUGCACCGCUCAGAUUGGAGCUGGCAAUCUAAUACAACUUGAGGGGAAUCCUGGUGAGAAAAAGGAAAAUGAUCUCCAACAUAAUAUGAACUGCUGCUAACCAUUUCUGUCACCACUAAGUUAGGAUCUGCUACCAGUGGUGCCCAGUUCACUUGUGCCAGUUCCCAAGGUGGCAGCAUAUUUUGACUGAAGUGAAUCUGCGGCAUCUUAAAGAUGGGUGGUAUCAGGUAACCCGUACUGGUGACAUUACAGCCAUUCAGUACAUCAGGACUACAUACCUCCUCCAGCUGUAUUAUGGUCAUGUGCCACGUCAUCUUAUAGCCUUACAUUCUGAACCUCGGAUAUUUAUCAUGAAGAAAAUGAUUGGGAUUUCUAGGAAAGACGUUGAAGCAUCACUUAAUAAUGUUGCUUUCUAAAUAUCUGAAGAUGCUAAAGGCUUGUGGUACAAUGAGGCAUCACGUUCUUUGUCUGUAUUUGCAUACAUAUGAAUCAUGAAGUUGCCAGGCCUCAAAGCCUAAAUUUUUUCAGUCCACCCCUGUAUUUUAUCAUGUUUUGCUCACUGCCAUCUGUUUGUUUCCUCAGCGAAUAGCAGAAUGUCGAUGCAUCAUUGUAAAAGUUGGUGCCCUGGCAUACACCACAGUCUGACUACCACUCAGUGCCACUGACUCCAGAUGCUGAUGGACAAGGCAAUAUUCUAUUGACAUGUAUAUCAUGAAAAAUUCUUGUUAAUGAUUUUUCUUUAUAUUACACAUUGUCCAUUUAGAGAUUUUUAGUGUAUCAUUUUAGAUCUUUUUAAAA